UGCCACCGCCCCGCCAGUGCCGAGGCAACCCUGAUUGAUUUCACCUCCAUAUCUUCGUUUCAGUACCAAUUUGCAAAUUUAAAAAAUGAUGAGUACAAUAAGAAUGGAAAGGGAUCUUUGAAGCUUCAGUUGAUCAACCAGAGGGAAGAAUUCUUGUUCACGCUUUUUCCAGGAGGUCUCUUGGCGCCUAAGCUGAUUGCUGUCUCCAACAAAGUGGCAUUUGUGAAUCCAAAGGCACCAGUGUACCCGCGGUUGGCGCAAGGGAGGUCUUGGAAUGAAAUGACAGUCACCUGGACAAGUGGCUAUGACAUUACAGAAGCAGUUCCUUUUGUUGAAUGGGGUGAGAAAGGAGGACGCCGGUUUCUUACUCCAGCUGGCACAUUAACAUUUGACAAAAGUAGCAUGUGUGGCGCACCGGCACACACUGUUGGUUGGCGCCAUCCUGGCUACAUUCAUACUAGCAGCCUGAAGGAUAUCUGGCCAGACUCACUGUAUACUUACAAGCUUGGCCAUAGGCUAAUGAACGGUACUCGUAUCUGGAGCAAGUCAUACAGCUUCAAGGCAUCGUCUUACCCUGGACAAGAUUCUUUGCAACGAGUUGUCAUAUUUGGGGACAUUGGAAAGGUGGAAGCAGAUGGUUCCAGCGAGUUCAACAACUUCCAACCAGGAUCACUUAACACUACUUACCAGAUCAUCAGAGACCUGGAAAACAUUGACAUGGUGGUCCACAUUGGGGACAUUUGCUACGCUAAUGGAUAUUUGUCACAGUGGGAUCAGUUCACUGCACAGGUCGAGCCGAUUUUUUUUUCUCGAACGCGCAGGAGAACUUUCCAAUUAACAUAGACCUACAUUAGAGGUCAGCAUUGAGCCCUUAUUUAUUUGCUUUGGUGA